UCACAACAUAAUAACCCCACAGACUACAGUAGUAGACAUUUGCAACUUUUAACACUUCAAUACUUCGACCCAUCUCUUUCUCUCUCUCCACUUCGUCACUCUCUUUUAGUUCACUCUCUUUGCCCCUUUUAGCCAGAUUCCAGUUCAACCCCAUCACAUCUAUCAACCCCUUCUCUUUCUCUCUCUAAAUUUUCUCUCUCUACAAUUUCUGUAAUAAUAAUGGGAGGAUGAACAUGAAAUGCCAACAAUGGCGAUGAUGAUGACAGGUGAACCCACUAAAAACACCGCUUCUGACAGCAACCCAACACCAACACAAACUCCUGCUGCUGUUUUUCAUGAUUUUCUUGGUGGUAAAGCUCCCAUCUUUCCCGCUGUCUCUCUUCCUCUCUCUGAGAAACAGGCGGGUAGUCAGUUGGAGAGAAUUUCAAGUUAUGGUCCAAAAAGUGAUCUAUCCGUGUCUGAGGUAAGUAAUCGGUUUGUGGGAAGCAAGCGGAGUCAUUCGGAUUCUGGUUUUACCGGAUCAUCAAGAGAGGGGAUUCCACAAAUGAUUCCUGAGAGUUCUCAUGUGAUGAAGAUGCUUCGCUGUGCAAGUGGUGGGGAUAGACUCAAAUUUUCACCUUUUGAUGGGCCUCUUCAUGGUGUACCUCAAAAUAUCAGGCCACUAUCUUCUUUUGUGUCUCAGACAACUAAUGCCAACUUUGUGAACUCUGAGAGGCUGAAUCCAACGAAUGUUGGAGGGAGUAGCAUGCAGUAUAAUGCUUGUGUCAUGAAGUCUUCUCCUCUCAUGUAUCAAGCACCCUCAAGCAGAUUGAGGGAUAUCAGCUCUGGUCCAUCAGUCUUGUCUCAGCUGGCUGCGGAUGAAGGGUCUAGAACUGGGAAUAAAGGCUCUGGUAUCUUCAAUUCGAUCACUGCUGGUAGCAAUCCAGUUACUGAGAGAAACCCUUAUGGGUUGCUUCCAAGUGGUUGCAACAUAAAGCCUGCCACUCAUAUAUCUGAUCCAGAACCAUCUAACCCUCCAAUUUUACGGGGCCUAAAUACAUCUGGAAGCAGACAAAUGACUAUAAUCUAUGGUGGUCAAGUCCAUGUUUUUGAUGAUGUUAAUCCAAACAAGUUAUUACAGGCAGAUGUUAUCAUGGCUAUGGCCGGAUCAAAUGGAGGAUCUUGGUCGACUAAUUUACCGAAAGCUUCACCCAGGACAACCACAAACGAAUAUUGUUUACCCAGCGGAGAGCAUGAAACAAAUCCACCUGCUGACCGUUCUUUUGUGCAAAAGUAUCGCAACCUAUUAUCUGUCGGUGCAAAUUCCAUCCAUGGAUUGGGCCCUAUCAACCAAGGUGGGAUGAUAGCCAAACAUGCAGGAACUUCAGCAACAGAACCUAGCCUCGAAACAAAGCGGGAGGUAUGACGAGGAUAUAUAUGAGCGCAACAGCAACAAAUCUUGCUAGUAGAUGAGCAGAUAAUAGUCUAACCUUGCUUUUACUAACUCUUGUUCAAGGUUUUUGCUGAGUAGAUAACUUUUAGCUGACUUUAAUUCCAGUAUUUAGAUAAGUGGAUUGGUAAUAGCAAGCUAUGUACAUGGUCUUAUGUAAUCAGAUUAAGUACCUUAAAUCGUUUUCUCGGGAACUCAAUGCAAAUCGAGCACCUGACUAAUUCCAUCUUGCUCAUGUAUUAAUUUCUGUAAGCUAACUGUUACUGAUUACCUCGUAUCAUGGUGAUGAAUUUCUCAGUGUAACAACUAAUAUUUACUCGGUAGUCCCCUUGUGCAGUUGUUUGUAAUUAGUUGUCACAUUGUGUCAAUCCCUCGUAAUGAAGGACAUGUUUUGAUUUA